AGCCAACCAUGCAACACUAUUCCCAACAGUCCCACUACCGCCCUCCACCCUCUUCACCUCUAUUACUCCGCUCCUAUGUUCGGUUGUUGUCGCGAUCGCCAUCGCCCACGCCCACGCCCACGCUCACGCCCACGCCUUCCAAAUGCGGCCGCGAUCAAACCGAGGCUCUCUUCCUCCUCCUCCAUAGCCUCUUCUUCUUCUUCUUCUUCUUCAUCACCUAAUCUAAUCCCUUCCCUCCUCUUGUUCGAUCGAUGGCUCCGAUCGCGUUGAAGAAAUCUGCCAGCUCCGCCCAGGGCCUGACCCGUGGGGGCGCCCCGGAUGCCCGUGGCCUCGUCCGGGACGCCGUUCGGGCCACCCUCGCCUCGGCCCCGCUCGGAUCCCACCCCCCUCUGCCGCAGCGGCAGGCGGAUUGGGUUCAGGCGGAGAUCAGGUUCGGACCGCCCGUGGGCGGGCUCGCCCUCGAUGCGGCGCCCGCGCCCAGGGUCCUCUGCUGCGAGGAGAUCGACGGGCGGAGGUGGAGCUACGUGGUGGACGAUGGUGGUCACCCGCGCAGGGGCUCGGCCGUCCGGGCCGUGCCGAUGCAGAGCCCGAUGGCUCCCUUGGAGGAAUUGAUGUCAUUUGUAAGAUCUUAUGUAGUGCCUGAAGGCUUUCCCGAUAGUGUUACCCCUUCAUAUGUUCCAUACAUGACUUGGAGAGCUCUGAAGUAUUUCUUUGGUGGAGCCAUGGGUGUUUUCGCGACACGGACACUAUUGAGCUCCGUUGGAGUAUCCAAAAAUAGAGCAACAUCAGGUGCUGUUGCCAUUAAUUGGAUACUCAAGGAUGGUGCUGGACGCAUUGGCAAAAUGCUCUUUGCACGACAAGGAAAGAAGUUUGACUAUGAUCUAAAGCAGCUUCGCUUUGCAGGUGAUCUUUUAAUGGAGUUAGGUGCUGGGGUAGAAUUAGCAACUGCUGCUGUUCCACACCUUUUCUUGCCAUUGGCUUGUGCAGCUAACGUGGUGAAGAAUGUUGCUGCUGUGACAUCAACAUCGACACGCACUCCAAUCUACAAGGCCUAUGCCAAAGGUGAAAAUAUUGGAGAUGUUACUGCUAAAGGAGAAUCUGUUGGUAAUAUGGCUGAUCUGUUGGGAACUGGACUCUGCAUCUUAAUUUCAAAAAGGAACCCAUCUUUGGUGGCCUCAUUUGCAUUCUUGUCAUGUGGAUAUGUUUUUAGUGCAUAUCAAGAGGUGAAAUCCGUUGUAUUAAAUACAUUAAACAGAGCAAGAUUCACUGUUGCAGUGGAUUCCUUCAUCAAGACUGGGCAUGUUCCAUCACUUAAGGAAGGAAAUUCUAAGGAAAAUAUUUUUCGUCCUCCAUGGUCGAAACAUACAUCAGUUGUUCUAGGCCCAAGAUUUUGUGAUGCAUUCCAGGAGCCAACUUCAUUUAUUGCCAUAGAGCACUUGUUUGAGAAGGAAAGAUACAUGGUGUCCUACAACCCUUCAAAGGACAAAAUAUAUGCAUUACUGAAGGAUCAAGCAAAAUCAGAUGAUAUAUUGAAAGCAGCUUUUCAUGCUCAUGUUCUUCUUUAUUUCAUCCAAUUGUCAAACACAAAUCAAGCUUUGAAAAAGCUGAGGAAUUCUAACCAAUCAAAAUAUGAAGAGCCCAUACUUCCUACAAAUGCCAACUUCCUUGCUCAUAUGGUGGAGUCUUGCAAGAUUGUUUCAUCAUCAUAUGCGAUAUUCAAGAGGAAAGCAGCGGAACAGGUGAUGCAUGGAAGACUUGCUACUUCAUGGUAGCUUAGGGAUGGAUAAUGUCAGAGUCAUUGCUGAACCCUGGCAGAGCUAGGCUAUUUAGUGCUGUUCAUAGUUAAGAUUGCAUUGAUCUCAGAACUUCAGCAGAUGCAUCACUUCACGGACUGUUCAUAGUUAAGAUUGUGCACUGAGAACUUGAUGGUCGAAUUAUUGCUUCAUAUCACAUCAUGAGAAGACGGUGGAUUGCCACGUUCAAGUAGUUAACACUUCAUGCAAUUGCAGGGUACACAAAUCUUCCAUCUAUCAUGCAAUGUGGAGAUGGCUCAUUAUGGUGAUGGGACUUUAUGUUUCACUGACUCUUUGAUAUGCUGCUUUUUGCAAGUUAUAAAGCCCGACUAUAUCUGAAGCAAUUUUGAUCUUCUGAAGUCGCAAGCUUCUCAUUCUUCUAUGCGAUAUAGAUGGGUAGUCUUUUCUUUGCAGAUUUGUGGGCCUUUUUCUUUGCCGGUUGAGGUACCUUUUUUCUCAUCUUAAUGUUGUAAAUUUCUUUGUAUCAUUAUUCAGGAAUAUUUUGUUGUAACAUAGUAGGUUUGAGGUUCAAGAUGAUGGAAAAACGGCUCCGAGGCUAAGCGAUGGGUUCAAUUGAAGGUUUUACAACAACAUAAAAUGUUUUUUGUAGGAAGAUAAUUUUGUAGAUCCGUUUGUAUUAUAUUUGGUCGAAAUAUGGUUGGUCAUUUUUAGCUGCUUGAAUCUUAAUUCUCCUCCUAUAUAUUUGUUUUUGUUAUUCCUGUGUCUUGAUGACGAUGUGUAAACAAAUGUCAAAAUCUUCCAAGCAGAGUUAUCUGUCAUGGAGUUAUUUUGGCAUUAACAUGCAUAGUUUUAGGGAGACGCAUAUCCUGUAUCGUCUGUUU